CAUGGAUUAUCUGUUCACUUUUUUCUUUUUCUACAACCUGAGGCAAAAAUGCGUGUGCUACAUCUGAUAGAAGAAUUAAUUGUGGGAAAAGUCAAAUGGCUAUGCCACAUUAAGAAGCUGAUUUAAGAAUGUUUAUAUUUCAUGCCAGUAAUGCACAGCUGGGAAAGAUUAUAGCCCAGUAGUUAAACAAAUUACUUUUUUUUUUUCCUCCCAGUUCAAAAAGAACAAGUAACCAACAUAUGUUUUACUAUGUGUUUCCUGAUUAUUUAGCAUUGAAUCUUUUAUUACACUGAAAUCAUGGUGUGAUGAUUGGUAAAAUCUCCCCCUAACAGACAUCCAACAGCUAAAGACUGUACGUCAAGAUGACCUCUGAGGAAAUGACAGCUUCUGUUCUUGUGUCUGUGGUACAGGGUAAAGUGAUACCUGCUCAGUCAGCUGGGGAUGAAAAUAGUGAAAAUGCUUUGAACGCCAGUGUUAUAAAAAGACAUACUGCCAGUCCGGGAAGGCAAACCACACGCACGCGUUCAUACUUACACAGACUUGAAGAAGAAAGUCUUCAGGGCUCUCUGCCCAAAAUAUUCUCUCUGGCAAAUGAAGAAAUGACUAAUGACAAUAGUAAUGAAAACUUCUGGGAGAGAAACAGCUCCAUCCCUGAUUCAAUGGAAUUUCUUAAUAUUAACUGUAACAUUGUACAGAAAAACUAUGAGAGCAUUAUUCCCUGCAGCCAGUUAUAUAAAUCAUGUGAUUCUUUAGUAGGGGGAGAUACAUGCCUGGAAACUGGAAUUCCUGUUUCACUGGAAAGAGCCAUGCUUGCUGAAAUUCAGUUGAAAAUGGAUGGACCUUCAUUAAGAAGCCAGUCAGCAGUGAAGAAGAACGACACUAAUGAUUCUGAUAAGGUAGCCUUUUUUCACUUUCAUUGUGCUAGUGAAAGAAAUAUAUCAAAGGCUUUAUGCAGUUUACACAACAGCUUCAUUUUGGAUAACUGCUUGCAGCCAGUAAGUUCUGACGAUCACACCACUGGUUCUACAGCCUGCGCUUGCAGAUUAAUGGAGUUGACAAAUAAUUGUGAGCAUGGAAAUGGGCAACAGUUGUAUGAUGAUUGUGACACUUUAAGGGAUAAGUGUUUAUGCCUGGAAAGAACAGCAAGAAAGGUUAAAGUAACGUGCUCAGGUCACAACUUCUGUGGAAAUAACUUUACUGGAAGAAUGCCCUCAAAGCCAUUUCUGAGCCAUUUUGAAGACUGCAGUGAUAACUGUGAGGAAGAGAUGGAGGAGGAUUUGUUUAGAAACAAAAAGGAACGUUCCACUUUAUUAAUAAGACGUUUUUGUAAGAAUGAUAAGGAGGUUAAAAAAUCAGUUUAUACUGGAACAAGAGCAAUUGUUAGGACUCUACCUUCAGGGCACAUAGGAACUGUGUCUUGGAAUUAUGUUGAACAAAGAAGAAACAGCCGUGGCUUGAAGCAUUGUAGGAUUACAACAGAACAGCUAACUGUAAUUCAGUCCUUAAUAAAAUGGGAAUUUAAUUCUUUUCUUCAGAAGUCUUUAUGGUAUGAGAUCUUCAGUACAGUGACAGAAGAAGGAGCAGAAGAUAUUCUUGAAUAUUUUCCUCAUCUUCUGAGAAAGCUCCCAACUUCAGAUGCAGACUGUAUAUGCAAAGGUGUUGGUUUUUGCGUAAAACCAUGUGUAACAGGUGCUUACUGUCAAUAUCGUGCCACUUUGCAGAGGACUGCACUCUCUAACUAUAUAACUGGUGCUUUACUAGAAGCGACGACAUCAUUAGGAGCAAGAAGUGGUCUUCUAAAUAUCUUUGGAGGAUCAACUGGAAGAACAAUGCUUAAAGAACGUCAAGCGUGUACAUCUAUGGCUGGUUCCAGUGUCCUUCCCUCCAAUGUGGCUGGUAUCAGUAAAGAGCUGAUUGAAUUGCAGCACCUCAUUCAGUUCCCGGAGGAGGUUGCCAGCAUACUGACUGAGCAGGAGCAGGAACUCUACCGGAAAGUCUUACCCAUUGACUACCUCUGCUUUUUAACCAGGGACUUGGGUAACGCUGAAUGUCAAAGCAAGCUUCCGAGUAUUAAAGCCUCUGUAUCUGCCACUAUUCUUUCUUCCCAAAAUGGUGAACAUAAUGCCGUAGAAGAUCUUGUGACAAGAUUUAAUGAGGUGAGCUCAUGGGUUACCUGGCUGAUCCUGACUGCAGGUUCUAUGGAGGAGAAACGAGAAGUCUUCUCAUAUUUAGUACAUGUGGCAAAAUGCUGCUGGAAUAUGGGAAACUACAAUGCUGUAAUGGAAUUUUUGGCAGGGCUAAGGUCAAGAAAAGUUUUAAAAAUGUGGCAAUUCAUGGACCAGUCUGAUAUUGAAUCUAUGCGAAGUCUGAAAGAUGCUAUAGCCCAACAUGAGUCAUCAUCUGAAUACAGGAAAGUGGUCAAUCGGGCACUCAAUAUUCCAGGCUGUAAAGUAGUUCCUUUCUGUGGUGUAUUUUUAAAAGAGCUUUGUGAAGUUCUGGAUGGAGCAUCAAGCCUCAUCAGACUCUGUCCACGAUAUAACUCCCAGGAGGAAACACUAGAGUUCGUUUCAGAUUACAGUGGACAAGAUAAUUUCUUGCAACGAGUAGGCCAAGAUGGUUUAAAUAAUCCAGAAAAAGAAUCAACAGCAAACAAUAUAUUUCAAACUAUUCGGAGUUGUAAUCGCAGUUUGGAAUCUGAAGAAGGUGAAGAUAAUUUCAGUGAAGGGAGCGAUUCGAGAAAAAACUCGCUGAAGGACAGAAACCGGUACCAAUUUAUAAUUGGAGAUCUUUCAGAUUCUGAAAGUGAUAUAUUUGAGCAGUUGAAGGAGUGGGACACAAAUUCAACCGAAGAGCAACAAAAAGCUUUCUGUCAUGGGAUAGAACUCAUUCCUUGGUAUGUGUUAUCAAUCAGAGCUGAUGUCCAUCAGUUCAUGCUGCAGGGGGCAACAGUCAUUCAUUAUGACCAGGAGACACAUCUCUCAGCACGUUGUUUUCUUCAACUUCAGCCUGACAAUAGUACUUUGACUUGGUCAAAACCGACAACGGUUUGCCCUGCAAAUAUGAAAGCAAAACUGAGCAUGGCGAGUAGUACUCCUGAGCUUGGUAAAUAUCAGUUUCUUGGCAAUACUGGACUAAAUGGAUUGAUGGAAGGUUUUCUGGAUUUGUUUUCAGCAAAGGCUGUAUAUAUGGGGCACCCUGGCAUUGAUAUGCACACUGUGUGUGUUCAAAAUAAACUGUGUAAUAUGUCUCUUGAAGAAAAUGGUGUAACACUACUCUAUGGACUUCAGACUACUGAUAAUAAGUUGCUGCACUUCGUUGCUCCAAAAUAUACUGCUAGAAUGCUAUAUGACGGAUUACUGGAAUUGUCUAAAGCUGUAAGAAAGAUGAGGCGCUUCCCUGAUCAAAGACUACAGUGGCUACGAAAACAGUAUGUCAGCCUUUACCAGGAGGAUGGAAGAUUUGAAGGUCCAACCUUGGCUCAGGCUGUUGAACUGUUUGGAGGCAGGCGAUGGAGUGCAAGAAACACAAGCACAGGAACCCUUACCAAAAGCACUGAGAAACCUAGUGUACAGAGAAACAACACUCUGGGAAUAAACACAGCCAAGAAAAAGAAGAAAGUACUCAUGAGGGGUGAAAGUGGAGAGGCCACCGAUGAUGAAAUGGCAACUCGGAAGGCAAAAAGCUGUAGGGAAUAUCGUAAUAGAAGUGGUUCAGAUCCUCAAGACAUUGAUGAACAAGAAGAAUCAGAUCAAAGUAUUACUAUUAAUGCUUCUCCAUCUAACACCUUGUCAUCAAGAAGAGCUCACUCUCUGACAGCAUCUGGAUCUCCUAAUUUAGCACCUGCAACAUCUUCACCAGCAAGACCGGUCUCCUCUCCUGUAAUGUGUUCAAGCAAGAGUCAGUCUAGCACGUGGAGCAGCAGUAGCUGGCAUGGCCGAGUUAAAGGAGGAAUGAAAGGGUUUCAGAACUUCAUGGUUUCUGAUAGUAACAUGACUUUUGUGGAAUUUGUAGAGCUCUUCAAGUCUUUCAGUGUUCGGAGCCGGAAGGAUCUUAAAGACCUUUUUGAUGUCUAUGCAGUGCCAUGCAAUCGAUCUGGUUUAGAGCCUACUCCACUUUAUACAAAUUUGAAGAUAGAUGAAAAUAGCAGCGGACUCCAGCCUGAUUUAGAUUUGUUGACUAGGAAUGUUUCAGACCUUGGUUUGUUCAUUAAGAGCAGGCAGCAGCUAUCAGAUAACCAGAGGCAAAUAUCUGAUGCUAUUGCUGCUGCCAGUAUUGUAACUAAUGGUACUGGAGUUGAAAGCACAUCGCUGGGAGUAUUUGGAGUGGGCAUCCAGCAGCUAAAUGACUUCUUAGUGAACUGCCAAGGCGAACACUGCACUUAUGAUGAAAUCCUCAGUAUUAUCCAGAAGUUUGAACCCAGUGUGAAUAUGUGUCAGCAGGGGCUACUAUCUUUUGAAGGAUUUGCAAGAUUUUUGAUGGAUAAAGACAACUUUGCCUCCAAAAAUGAUGAGUCACAAGAGAAUGCUGAGGAAUUGCGGUUUCCACUGUCAUACUAUUACAUUGAAUCUUCACACAAUACUUACCUUACUGGCCAUCAGCUUAAAGGGGAAUCCUCAGUAGAGCUCUACAGCCAGGUUCUCUUACAAGGCUGCAGAAGUGUGGAAUUAGACUGCUGGGACGGCGAUGAUGGGAUGCCUAUCAUUUAUCAUGGGCACACUCUUACUACUAAGAUCUCUUUUAAGGAGGUAGUCGAAGCUAUUGAUCGCAAUGCCUUCAUCACCUCUGACAUGCCAAUUAUCAUAUCCAUAGAAAACCACUGCUCAUUGCCUCAGCAACGCAAGAUGGCUGAGAUUUUCAAGAGUGUAUUUGGAGAUAAGCUGGUAACCAAGUUCUUAUUUGAGAGUGACUUUUCUGAUGAUCCCAUGCUUCCUUCACCUGGCCAAUUGAAAAGAAAAAUCUUGCUGAAAAACAAGAAGCUCAAAGCCCAUCAAACACCAGUGGAUAUAUUGAAACAAAAGGCUCAUCAGCUGGCACAUAUGCAAGCACAGGCUAGCAAUGGUGGUAGCGCUAGCCACCCCACAUCUACCAAUGAAGAGGAAGAAGACGAAGAGGAUGAAUAUGACUACGACUAUGAAUCUCUCUCUGAUGAUAAUAUUCUUGAAGACCGACCUGAGAGUAAAUUAUCAAGUGAUAAGCUGCAGUUUGAAUAUAAUGAAGAGACUGCCAAAAGAAUAAAGAAGGCUGAUUGUGCUACUUACAGUAAUAAAGGAAAGGUUUAUGAUAUGGAACUGGGUGAAGAAUUUUAUCUUCCACAAAAUAAGAAGGAAAGCAGACAGAUAGCCCCAGAGCUAUCUGACCUUGUCAUUUACUGUCAAGCUGUAAAGUUUCCAGGCUUGUCAACUCUAAACCCAUCUGGCUCUAGCAGAGGAAAAGAAAGGAAAAGCAGGAAGUCCAUUUUUGGCAACAAUCCUGGCAGACUAAGCCCUGGGGAGUCAGCAACUCUUGCCAAAGCAUCUGGAAAAGGUCCUUUUGAUGUGAUGCGGCAGACCUGGGAAGAUCCUUGUUCUUUUAAUUCACCAGCUUCUCUCAGUGCUAUCAUAAGGACACCUAAAUGCUAUCAUAUCUCUUCACUGAAUGAGAACGCGGCCAAGCGGCUGUGCAGACGGUAUUCUCAGAAACUGAUUCAGCACACCACCUGUCAGCUGCUGAGAAUGUACCCUGCUGCCACACGCAUCGACUCUUCAAAUCCCCAUCCCCUUAUCUUCUGGCUCCAUGGCGUACAGCUCGUGGCUCUUAACUAUCAAACAGAUGAUCUUCCUCUGCAACUUAAUGCAGCAAUGUUUGAAGCCAAUGGUGGCUGCGGAUAUGUUUUGAAACCUCCUGUUCUGUGGGAUAAAAGUUGUUCAAUGUACCAGCAAUUUUGUCCAUUAGAAAGAGAUCUUGAUAAUAAGGAACCAGCUAUAUAUUCGUUAACAAUUGUGUCUGGCCAGAAUGUUUGUCCUAGCAAUAGCACAGGAAGUCCAUGCAUUGAAAUAGAUGUUCUUGGGAUGCCUCUGGAUAGCUGCCACUUCCGGACUAAACCCAUUCAUCGCAACACUCUCAACCCUAUGUGGAACGAACAGUUUCUUUUCCGGGUUCAUUUUGAGGAUUUGGUCUUUCUUCGAUUCGCAGUUGUUGAAAAUAACAGCUCAGCUGUAACAGCUCAAAGAAUCAUUCCACUAAAGGCUCUAAAAAGAGGCUAUAGACAUGUCCAGCUACAUAACCUGCACAAUGAAGCAUUAGAAAUUUCAAGUUUGUUCAUAAACAGUCGGAGAAUGGAAGAAAGUCCAUCUGGAAACACUCUGCCUGCAUCUAUGUUGUUCAGCACAGCUGAAAGGAGAGCUGCUGUGGCUUACAAAGUGACCAUUCAUGGAAUUCCAGGCCCUGAGCCUUUUACUGUUUUUAAUAUAAGUGGGGGGACCACAGCUGCACAUCUUCUUCAUCAGCUCUUGGCUACCACAAAAGGCACUGAAUCAUGUGCCACAGACUAUUUUCUGAUGGAAGAGAAAAGUUUUAUAUCUAAAGAAAAGAAUGAAUGCAGAAAACCACCAUUCCAGAGAGUAAUUGGUCCUGAAGAAGGGCUGGUGCAGCUUCUGAACAGCUGGUUCCCAGAAGAAGGAUAUGUUGGAAGGAUUAUCUUUAAAACCCGAGAGGAAAAUUUAAAUGAGAGAAACUCCUUUCAAGAAACAAAGGAAGAGGCAGUCAUCAGCUCUGAGGAUGACAGUUUCUUUGUUCAGGUACACGAUGUCUCCCCAGAGCAACCACGCACUGUCAUCAAAGCUCCUCGCUUUAGCACAGCUCAGGACGUCAUACAGCAGACUCUUUGCAAAGCGAAGUACUCGUACAGCAUUUUGAGCAAUCCCAAUCCAAGUGACUAUGUCCUCUUGGAAGAGGUGACAAAAGAGCCAGCAAACAAGAAGUCCUCAACAUCUAAACCCUCUCAGAGGAUUCUCUCUGAUCAAGAGUGUGUGUUUCAGGCCCAAAGCAAGUGGAAGGGAGCAGGAAAAUUUAUCCUUAAGCUCAAAGAACAAGUUCAGGCAGCACGAGAUGACAAAAGAAAAGGCAUUUCCUUUGCCAGUGAACUCAAGAAGUUAACCAAGUCAAGUAAACAGUACCGGGGAUUCAUAUCACCGCCUCUGCAGGUCUUGCCAGACAGUCCACAGAGUAAGGAUGAAAAGUCUGCGUGCAGUUUGACUUUUAGUGACAUUAUGGAGUAAUAUCCACCACUGCCUACAGUACAGUCUGUUCAGGUUACUAUAAAGACCCUAAAUCAUCCAAAACACUGAAUUCAAGGAAAGCAAAGUAAAUAAUGGAAAGACCCCAGAACAUUCCUCCUCCUUCUGCAUUUGUUCUUUCCUUUGGUAGAGAACUGGAAUUUACGUCACUGAAGCCUUCUACAGUGUCCUUGGAGAAAACUGCUGCGGUCUGAACUGGUCAGCAAUUGUGCGGCCUGUGCUACAGAUGCUUAAUCCAGACAGUGCUUUUGGAUUAACACACUCACUCCGGGAACGCUAAGUGGGAUGGUGUAGGUUAGAAAGAUGCCUGUCACCUAUCAGAAGAUUCCCUUCUUCCCAUUUAUUUUCACAUCUGCAGAUUCUCAAUAGGCAGGUGAAGCCGUUUUCUUGGACUGCAUGUUGUAAACAAACAUGUCCCCCGACCCCACCUUUUUGUUUUAAACAAAAGGUAAUUAAUGUUAACUAGUUGCCUCAAGGGAAACUGAAGGCAGAGAACUAGAACAAGAGUGUUCUUUUAUGUGUAUUAUAUUAAAAUAAUGCACUUUUACCUAAAGAUUCCUGUUAAACACUGUGUUAAGUGAUUGUAAAGAGUUUUAAAUAUAUUGUAACUUCCUUAGCAUAUCAGUUUAACUUUGGUGAAUAUACACAAAAUGCUCAAAUUAUUUAUGGUUUAUCUACUUCAACAAAAUAAUGUACAAUAGCCAAAUACACCUAACUGUUAGUGAUCCUUUGACAAGGAACAAUGUUUUCUUCUUAUAAAUUCUAGUUUUUCCAGACUUAUGUUCAAAGAAAGAAUGAAUAUUUAUUAUCAUGUUCCAAAGUAUGUGCCAUUGUAUAAUAUAUUUAUCAUAUACUACUUUUUAGAAACCAGAAUUUUCACCUCUCUCUGGAGUUAGAGGAAAAGAAUAUUUAAACUUUUCAGGUUGUUUCUUUUCAGCCGAAAAAGGUUAAUAUCCGAAACUGAUCAAACUUAAACAGUAUACUGAGAAAUGUAUUUAACAUUUCAAAAUUGCAAUUUCAAAAUACAUUUUUCCAUAAAUCAGAAAAUGUCUAUAGCUGGUUUUUCACUUGCCUCUUAAACCCUGAGAGUAUAAGCAACUCUUUACACUAUAACCCUUGACAUUUUUGUUUACAUAGAAACACUGUUGUAAAGUUUUAUACGUGUUUGCUGGAUUUCUCUUUCGAAGUUUAAACUAGUUAUGGCUGUCUCUUUUUUUCCCUCCAUAGGAGUUACUGUUGUGCUUAGUUACUUAAAACAAUCCAUACCAAUUUACAGGGGCACAAAUGAAACAAUUGCGGAAGUCAGCCAUCCCCUCUGAUUUGCCACAUGAACUGUGUCUGUGGUGAAUAAAUUGCUCAACACAUGUUUUUGUCUCUCUAUUAGCAAAUCCAGAAUAAAGCAUUUUAGUCGCCUGGUAUAAGUAAAUCAAGUAGUCCAUGAAUACAGGGAGUGAUUCAUGCAAUCAGCAAUUUCACAUCACCAUCACUACUCAAGCACAAACAGCUGCUGCUUCUAGGAGAGAAGCUGUAUCAGGCAAAGGAUAGAAUAGCAACGCAACUAAAAUGUUUACUUUUGAUAGUCAGUGCAAGGAGGACAGGGAAAAAAAUGUUACCUACAGACAUUACUCCUGUGACAACCAAAUAAAUAGAGAAAUAAUUAGCAAAUUAAAAAAACCCAAGUUGUUAAUUUAUUUAUAAACAAGCAGGAAGAACCUACACUGUGUCACAAGAAGCUAUGAAUUAGCUUUAAGUAUAUGCUAGGGAAAAGUCUACAAAGUAAUCAUUACCAAAGCAAAAAGUGCCCCCUUCAGAGCAUUUCCAGCUUUCCCACAGACUCCUCCCCCCCCCAAAAAGAAAAAAAAAAAAAUCAAAUCUCGUUAUGGCAUGUCCUACUGCUAAUCUUCAGUACUGAUAUAGCAAAACAGCAUUUUGCGAUUCAGCAGUUAGUUGUUAUUCCCACUCAGAAAACCCCGGCUGCCUUCCAGCUCAGCCUCGUCAUUCAUAAUACUGUUCUGCGUUCUGAGGAAAAGGCAGUGUGUAAGAAGUCAGUCAGACACUCAGAUUUUUCCUUGUCUAAAGUUUUAGUUUAGAUUUCCAUUGCAAAUGAUUAAGAGUAACAUUUUCAAAAGUGACUCACCUAAAAUUCUAUACAUUGCUGAAUUUAAAUGGAUUUAGGGACAUUACUACUUUGGCUACUGUGUAAAAAGCCUGAGUGGCACCAGUCUGUACUCUUAGAAACCCAGACAUGAAAACAAAUUUAAUCUAUCUGAAGGUAAAUGAGGGACUCCUCUUAAAAAAAAAAAUGUUACCCAAUAUCUUCAAAUCUGUUGUUACCUCUGUGUAUGUGUGUGUGUGUGCGCGUGUGUAUUUACUGGCCAAGUGAACAGAGAAACAAGCGGUUCAUACAGUGGCCUAGCUUGUCUUUUGACAAAUUUUAACUGCAGCAUAACCAGCCUCUCUAAAAAUGAGGUAUGUGCCCUUCCCUCCCCAUGGCACGUGCAUCAUGGACGACUGAUACUGAAUAAAAUGUUAAGAAAGUGACAAAUUAGGCAUAGCUUUAGAUGCACAGUUUGCUUCGGGAAAUAUGUAUAUUGACCUACUGCACAAUUCAACUAAUGAAAUGUUCCCCCCCCCACACACACACACACACUAUAAUGAAUUUUUCCUUUCAGUGUUGAAAAGGACAUUCUAGAAACAGCAUUUACUUUCCUGUACAUUUAUUCCUGUACCUAUUUAGCAACUUUUUUUAAAGCUAUUCAGCAGCACUGAAAAUAAAACUCUCAACAUCACCUUUAGUAUCCUAAAAAUCUGCAGCACACUUGCUAAUUGACUAGGGAGCAAACAAACAGAGCAAGUUUUCACACGUAUGGUGUCGUCCACUGAUGGUUAUCUGUCGCACUUGGGGAAAAACAAAACAAAACAAAAAAAAACAACUUGGGAAAGCAAGGGACUGCUACAGCCCUGUUGUUACAUUGUGUAAAGCAGCUCUAAUACUAGCCUAAAGUCUAGCAGCAGUUUAAAAAAAAAAAAAACAAUUGUUUUGUACUAUUUCCGCUAACACAAUAAUUUCCUACCUAGUUGUAGGAACGGUUUAUUAAUAGAGGUAACCGCCUCAUCAGUCAAGGUCUGUGUUGCUUUUGUUGCUGUUUAUCAUCACAGUGAAUGGAAACUAUUGGGCUUUUUAUUAAAAAAAAAAAAAAAUUCUUUAUAGGCAUUUAGAAUUUUGCAAGGCUAAUAAUUAUACUUUUCGACUAUUUCCUUUAAUGUACAUAUUUCAGAUAAUCUCAAGUUUUAAAAAGCUUCUAGGUAUUGGUAAACAUCAGAGUAAAUUCUUUUUGUCGAAGGAAUGUGGUUCAUUUUUGGUGACGCUAGAAAGGAAUACAGCAUCCUUCCACUUGCAUUAUUUCCAAAUAUCCAAAAAAUGAAGCUAUACCACUACUUAAAGGAUUAGACAGAGAAUUUUUGUUAAAUUUUAUGAAAGUCCAGUUAAACAGAUUUCAUGUGCUGAGUUAUUACUCUAACAAGAAAGCUUAUUCCGCUUAUCCACAGAUUUUCUUUCUGCAGGAAAUCUGUCCACAGAUUCCUAGGACAAGACUGACAAAGUAACUUUUGUCUCUUUCUGUGCUUUUGGCUGGGCAUGGACAUCAAUUAUGUAAAAAUACAUUCAUUUUUUCACAUUACAAACUAUUAACAGGAAGCCGCUUCCAGGAUAAUGUUUGAAAGAAAGGAAUGUAAAUAAUCAACACCUUCCAGAAAUGUGCAGUCUCUGAGUGGUAGCAGGCCUCACUGGGAACAGUUUACACGUGGAACUCACACCCAGUUGCCUAUGGGCCAUAGUGAAGUUUUUUAUUCUGUACUAUUUUCAAACCACUAUUACUUUUCUACUAAUGUCUUGUAUCUCUCUCUCUCUGUCGCAUGUGCUGUUUGCAGUGCUGUGACUGUAUGGGACAAAACUCAGGCAGCUGUGGACCCUGGCUCCAUUGCAGCACUGUUCAGUUUUCAGGAAUUGGAGGACGCCAGGAGGUAAUAGCAGUAGAGUCUGAAGAGUUUUCUGUUUGUUUUUUUACCUGUUAAAUUUGGGCUCACUAAGAUAGAUAGAAAAAUACUGUCUCAUUUUUAAUUUUUAAAAUGCAGUCACGUUUUUAUCUUUACUAGAUGAAGUAUCUCAAUAGUCAUCUUUUGAAAGCAGUCUGCCUCUAGAGAUCACAUUUUCAAGAAUUAAAGCCUUUAACAUGGAUGUAUCUGACUACCUGAAAAACACAUCCUCUUACAUUCAUAGUUUGUCUUUAAAAAAGAACAACUUACUGGCAGAUUUACAUUUUGGCAAAACGUGGAGUCUGCAGCUUCUGAAACUGAACUGUCCAUUCUGCUCUAGCUCUCAAAAUGCUACUAAGCUUCAGCUAACACUUGUUUUUUAAUCACUGCUGUUACAAGUCCACUACAAAAUCCAGUUUACUUUUAGGGUAGCCCACUAAAUGUAACAAUGGUGGAGUUUUUUUUCUGUCUGUGAUAAAUAUUUUGUAACUGCAAUAGUACUAGACAUUUGGCAGAAUUAGCAAACACAAAAAUAAAUAGCAGUAAAUAGAAGUAAACAGAUUUCUCUCCAGUACACGUAUAGGAUAUUUCCUCUGCCUCUUAAAGCAUGUCAAAGUAUUCUGACAAUGCAAUAUCACUAUGUGCCAGUCUUCACAUUGUUUUGAAAUUAUGUCAAAUGUACAAUUUUAAAAGUGACUUUCCACUUGGAGUAUUUUUUUCUCUGCUGACUUGAAGAAUAAACUUGUAUUUGUAUAUCUUGUAAAAAAAUAAAUGGUUUAAGAUGUGGGCUCUUUGCUUCUGCUUUCCAGAACUGACAAAGUACUGGUAAAUGACCACCUUGGAGUUUUUCAGAGUUUAAAUCACAUCCGUCUUAGCAAUCACUUAAAAACUAGAAUAGUCAGAAUUAGUCAAAAGCUAUGGGAGUGCAGACCUAACCAGACAGAAACACGUGAAAGAUACUAUUUAUUUAUGUAUUACCUAGUAGUAGUAUGCAGGCUGUUUUGUAAUCCACAUAGUAAAAGAUGUAUUUUCUGAUCCAUUGAUGGAUAUAUGCCUAUUCCAUAGAUGCUUGUGAAUUUCUGUUUUAACUGCUCAGAAUUAAGUGAACCAGUCUUAGUGAUACUAAAAAACACUUACUUACUUAAUAAAAACAAAGUAAAUUAUUGAUAAAAGUAUCUCUGAAGCUUAAAUAAGGACAAAGGACUAACUUCUCUAGAGAAAAAGAAAUAUUUUCUAAUUAUUGUAAGGCUGUUAGUCCCUUGAACAAAUGCUUUGCACAACUCACAACAUGUAUCAUUACCACUUCAUAGACAAAACAUUACGAAACCUCCCCUAUAGAACAGAAUACAUAUAAAGCUAACACCUUCUCAUUUUCAAAUUAUUUCAUAUAUUUUACUUAUGGUUUGCAAAGCCAACAUGAAAUUAAGCACAGAUUCUGAGACAACCAGACUGACUAGCAUUAGGGGAAUGGGGAUAAAAUUCUGUUUCCGAUAUAAAAAAAGUUUAAAAUCCUUACCUUGAAUUUGUCCCAUAGUUUUGACAGUGAUGGUUUAUUGAAGGCAUUGUUGUAGACCAUUCAAUUAUGCAGCUAUUUCAGAUCUGAAAUUCAGUAAUCUCAAUUUGCUAAUAAAUUCCAAAGAGAUUUCAUUGGGAAAAAAAAACAUUAAAGUAAAAUCAUUUCAAGAAAAGAGAAAUGGUUAGGAGACA